GACACCCACGGGAGAAGGGGCAUCGCCCGUGGCCGUGGCCGUGGCAGGGCUGGGCCCGCGGUGGAUGGCAGCAGGCUGCGUGCGGGCUGCCAUGGCUCUGGGGCUCUCCAACAAGAAAGCUUCCUCCAGGAACAUCGCCGUGGAGAGGAAAAACCUCAUCACCGUCUGCAGGUUCUCGGUGAAGACCCUGCUGGAGAAGUACACAGCAGACCCCAUCGACGACUCCUCCGAGGAGUUCGUUAAUUUCGCUGCCAUCCUCGAGCAGAUCCUCAGCCACCGCUUUAAAGGCCCUGUCAGCUGGUUCAGCUCGGAUGGGCAGCGAGGGUUUUGGGACUACAUCCGCCUGGCCUGCAGCAAGGUCCCCAACAACUGCGUCAGCAGCAUCGAGAACAUGGAGAACAUCAGCACCUCCAGGGCCAAGGGCCGGGCCUGGAUCCGUGUGGCGCUGAUGGAGAAGCGAAUGUCCGAGUACAUCACCGCAGCCCUGCAGGACAGCAGGACCACCAGGCGGUUUUAUGACGACGGAGCCAUCAUGCUGCGGGACGAGUCCUCGGUGCUCACCGGGAUGCUCAUUGGGCUCAGCGCCAUUGACUUCAGCUUCUGCCUGAAGGGGGAGGUGAUGGACGGCAAAACCCCGGUGGUCAUCGACUACACGCCCUACCUGAAGUUCACGCAGAGCUACGACUACCUGAGUGAGGAGGAGGAGCGGGGCAGCGUGGAGAGCAGCACGAGCGAGGACAGCUCCCCCGAGCACCCCUACCUGCCCCUGGUCACUGAUGAGGACAGUUGGUACAACAAGUGGCGCAAGAUGGAGCAGAAGUUUCGCAUCGUCUAUGCCCAAAAGGGCUACCUGGAGGAGCUGGUGAGGCUGCGGGAGUCCCAGCUGAAGGACCUGGAGGCGGAGAACAAGCGGCUGAAGCUGCGUCUGGAGGAGGUGAUGGUGCAGAACCAGCUGGAGAAGAGGGAGCUGGAGGGUGUCAUCCUGGAGCUGCAGGAGCAGCUGACGGGGCUGAUCCCUUGUGAGAACCCACAGCUGACCCAGCUCUCCAAGGAGAUGGUGACCCCCCUGGUGAACCAGUGGCCCUCACUGGGGACCCUCAAUGGCAACGAGAGUGGCUCGGACGGCAAACUCUACAGGAGGCACAGCUUCGUGAGCACCGACCAGCUCUCGGCCGAGAACAGCCUCAGCUCCGACUCCCAGCGCCUGGGCGAGGGCAAACGCGAAGGGGAGCCCUGGGGGCCCCUGGGGAAGGACCCCACGCCCUCCAUGCUGGGGCUCUGCGGCUCCCUGGCCUCCCUGCCCAGCUGCAAGUCCCUGGCCAGCCUCAAGUCCAACGAGUGCCUGGUGAGCGACAGCACGGAAGCCAGCCCGACCCGCAGCCCCAGCUGAGACCCCCGGCCCCCUCGCCGCCCCCCGGCCCGGGCCCCCGGCCCAGCGCCGCGGCAAAGGACUGACCUCGUGUCCCUCCCACCUCUCGCCAUCCUGGGACCGACGAGGGACUUGCUGAACCCACCGGGGAGGCUGGGGUCAGGCAUCCCCCUCCCCAUCUUGCCAUCCUGCCCUCGCUGCAUCUUGGACCCCCAGCCCGGUCCCUGGCUGGAGACAUGGACCUGUUGGGAUGGGGGAUGCUGGACUGGGACCUAUGUGAGCUAGGGAUGGGGUGGGAGGGGUGAACUGUGCUCGGGGGUGACACACACUGGGAGCAAAUGCUGCUGGGGAAGCAAGGUGUGGGGGUUCAGAGCCAAAGCCCCUCCAGGGCUAAGGGUCUGGGCACAGUCCUGGUGUCCUUCCUGCUCAGCCAUGGGCAUAGCCCUUGGGCUUUGCUGUACCCAGCUCCCCCCAGGGGCUGCAGUGGGGCUGGCCUGUCCCUCUCUUUUGGGACCAGCUGUAGCAGCAUAGCCAAGACAGGGACAGACCCCCCACACACACCUCCCUCCUCCUUCCCUGGGUUUUGGGUAAUUUUGGUUUUUACUUCAGCCCCAUCUGCCUUGUUGGAGCAAAAGAAAUCAAUAAACACAGCA